AUGCCUCAACCUAGCACGAUCGCUGCAAGAUGUGCUGCACUUGGCACAUCCAUAAAUCAGGUUAUCCCAGAUAUCUACAGCUUUGCGCGACGGGUUCGCGAUUCUAGACAUGAUCUGAACGCUAUCAAUAGUGAUCUCUUAAUCAUCAGGACUGGCCUCGGCGUUGCCCAAGACGACUUCGCAUCGACAUCCAGUGCCAAGUUGCCCGCCUCACUUAUCGAUGCGGUAUCGCAAAUUCUUGAUUCUUGCGAUGAUACAAGCGAUCGCUUACACAAAGCUUUUCUCAAACUGUCGUGUAGCAGCGUGCCAAGACAAGAUUGGCAAUUGCUUAAAGAUGGGCUUUUGAUCAACCUACGGCAUGAUCUUAAUGGGGCAACAAUCGUGUUGGAACUCGCUCUUGACUACAUCUCGCUAUUUGGUCAACAAGACACUCUCGACUCACUCCUCCAGUGCUACGUCAGUGAUCUCAUCACAGCGAGCGAUGACUUGCUGAAAAGAACAGACAAGGAAGAGAUCCACAUCAACCUCACGGCACGUGAUAGACUCCCUUCACUACUUCAGGCUAUUCGUCUUCUCCGCUCAUGUAUCACUGCAAUCUCAAGGGAGACAGCAGUAGCAUCGUCUUCGUCACCACAGCCGAUAAAAAGAACGACAACGCCACGGCCAGAUUCGUUGGAGCCCUCAUUAGGCGAGCCACGUCGGAGUCGUAGACCUAACGCUCCUCAACAGGUCUCUUCAGAGUCGGCUGCGAGCAAGAGCAUCGGCACUUGGCUUGACAAUGUACCUUGCUUCGAGGACGCGCCACCUCUCACCCAUUUGGCAAUCCGUAGAGUAGCCGAAGAAACACACACAAAACGAGCAUCUCGGAGCCACCUGUCUCCAUCACGUGGUACUUUCUACACGGAUGAUGGUGUCUCUUCUAGUCGGACGCUGGUCGCAUCCGAAGCACGAAUUAGGAGGUCGCGCAGCUGGUGCUCCAAUUUGACAAUCCUUAAUCACAACGUAUCAACGGCGACGAAGAUGACGCAAGCAGACAGAUACACGCGCACAAUGUCCGGCUCAGAUGUUUCGGUCAUUCACAAAAACAUUACAUCAGACAAGAUUGCCGUUGCCAAGGGCAACCGAAAAGAUCUGGAUAUCGAUCAGAGAGUAGCUGUUGAUCGUAUUUUGGCAAACGUACCUGCAGAGGCAACUGCCGAAGAGGUCGAGCGGAUAUUGUGGGAAGGUGCUAAUUCCUCGGUGGUUCACCCGGACUUUGGAUACUUCUUCAUCAGGGCAGCACAUGAAAUGUCGCCUAGCGUACUUCAAGUGUUGAUUGAAUUUGGGGCUGACAUUACCCGAACAACUUCCUCUUCGUCUCGAUACUACUCAGCAAUGCACGCUGCGACGACAGGACGACAGCUGGAUACAGUAAAGUAUCUUGUGUUAUGUGGGCAUUCAAUCGACAUGCCGAACACCCUUGGCGAGACACCUCUCCAUCUCGCCGUCAAGACGCCUGGAGCGUACGAGGUGGCGAGAUAUUUGGUGAAUUUGGGAGCGGAUGUGAACCAAGAAACCCACAGCGGUGACACACCGUUGCAAGCAACACUCACAGAACCGAUGCUAGAAGGCAAGGAAAGAAGCAUGUUGAUAGAGCUGCUGUUGGCACACGGAGCGGAAGGCGAAGUGAACAAGGACAUGGAGGCGAGAAGAGGCAAUUCGAAAGGAAGGCACGUGCUGGGCCUAAGUUGA